UUUUCUUUUUUUUCUCUGUCACUCCCACAUACCAAAGUUAUGAAUAUUUAACAAACCCCCUUACAAAAUCUAUCAUAAAAGCUACAAUCUUUACAGUACAUUCAGUUGAAUACACACAUAAAAGAAAACAAUCUUAAAAUCACAACUCCCUUCUUUUUCUUGCUUUCUUUUGUCUUCGCUGUCACUUCCACACAUCAAAUUAUGAAUCUUUAACAACCCCAUUACAAAAUCAAUCAAAAAAACUACAAUAUUGACAGUAUAUUCAGUUGAUAUACAGUAUAUUCAGCUAAAUAUACACAAAAAAGAACAAUUGUGUUAGUGUUAUUACAAGUGAAUAUGGGAAAACUGGUUGUAGGCACAACAAUUGUAUGUACUGCAGCAAUAUGUGGGGUGGCAGUAUUGUUAAUGAAACACCAUAAGAAAAAUUCUAGCAAGUGGGAAAAAGCAAUGGAUAUAUUGAAAGAAUUUGAAGAGAAAUGUGCAACUCCAAUAGGGAAACUAAGGCAAGUGGCUGAUGCUAUGACUGUAGAGAUGCAUGCUGGACUUGCUUCUCAAGGUGGAAGUAAACUUAAGAUGCUUAUUAGCUAUGUUGAUAACCUCCCCACUGGGGACGAACAAGGUCUGUUUUAUGCACUGGAUCUAGGUGGCACAAACUUCCGUGUGAUGCGUGUGCAGUUGGGUGGGAAAGAAAAGCGUAUAGGUAAACAUGAAGUUAAACAAGUUUCAAUUCCAAAGAAUAUAAUGGCCGGAUCAUCAUCUGAUGCGCUAUUUGAUUUUAUUGCCACGGCACUUGCAAAAUUUGUUGCUACGGAAGGUGAUGAUUUUCAUCUUCCACCCAGUGGACAAAGGGAGUUGGGCUUCACCUUCUCUUUCCCGGUUAAACAAAUGUCAGUUGCAUCAGGAACUCUUAUUAAAUGGACAAAGGGCUUCUCCAUAGAAGAUGCGGUUGGCAAAGAUGUUGUUGGAGAGUUAAUAAAAGCAAUGGAAAGGGUCGGCCUUGACGUGCGUGUGGCUGCUUUAGUCAAUGAUACUGUUGGAACGUUAGCAGGAGGUCGGUACAAUAAUCCUGAUGUCAUUGCUGCAGUAAUAUUGGGUACCGGAACCAAUGCAGCAUAUGUUGAGCGGGCCCAUGCAAUUCCCAAAUGGCAUGGUCUCUUGCCUAAAUCAGGAGAGAUGGUUAUCAACAUGGAAUGGGGUAAUUUCCGCUCAUCACAUCUUCCAGUAACAGAAUAUGACCAAAGUCUUGAUGUUGAGAGUUUAAACCCCGGGGAGCAGAUUUAUGAGAAGCUUAUUUCUGGGAUGUAUCUUGGAGAAAUUUUGCGUAGAGUAUUGUAUAGAAUGGCUGAUGAAGCUUCAUUAUUUGGUGAUUAUGUCCCACCAAAACUGAAAACUCCAUUCAUAUUGAGGACUCCAGACAUGGCGGCUAUGCAUCACGACAAUUCUGCUGAUCUCAAGGUGGUCGGCAAUAAGCUUAAGGAUAUCUUAGAGGUACCUAAUUCUACCUUGAAAAUGAGGAAAAUUAUCAUGGAGCUAUGCAACAUUAUCACCUCUCGUGGAGCUCGUCUUUCUGCAGCAGGGAUCAUGGGCAUCCUCAAGAAAUUGGGAAGAGACACUUUGAAGGACGGUGAGAAGCAGAGGUCUGUCAUAGCUGUGGACGGUGCAUUGUUCGAGCAUUACAUCGAGUUCAGAAACUGCUUGGAGGGAACUAUUAAAGAGUUGCUCGGAGAGGCUGCGGACAGCAUAGUCAUUGAGCAGGCGAAUGAUGGUUCAGGCGUUGGAGCUGCACUUUUGGCUGCGUCUCAUUCCCAAUACCUCGGACUUGAGGAAUCUUGAUCAUGGUCAUGCAAAAGAGAACUCUUUUCUUAUUUCUUCUCCGAGACGAUUGAAAUAUUUCUUGCCUCCUUGCCCACCAUGUCAUGCAAGAGUGAGCUUUGAAGUGAGCCAUGGUUCGAUGUACCAACAUGAGCACAUUUCUUCAGCUUAACACCAUAUGCUGAUCAUUUCACUCUUGGGGGCCUCUAAGGAUCAUUUUUGUCCAAGUGUAAACUUAAGUCUUUCCCACACUAGCCAGAAAUAAAGCUAGGAUACAAAUAAAGUUCUUUUAGUUUCCACAUUUUUGUGUAAUCUUUACAAGAUUUAUUGUUGCCAAAAAGUUAAUAGUACUGAGGUAGUUCAAUCUUCCUUGUUUC